AUGACCGCGAAUGAAGGUAAAGACGACGAUUCAGACGACGAAAACGACGCGGUUUCAGACGACGGGUUCGUGUACGCCAAAGUUGAAGUCGUGAGCGUCGAAGGGACCGACUCCGACGACGAAGAUGAGAGGCGGAAGGAAGUGUUGUGUCUUGGGGAGGAAGACCGGCAAAACGGAGGAAGCGAAGCGUCGCCGAGUCUAGAGUUGACCGAGGAGAAGGUAGAGGAUGUGAACAACAGUGAGAAGAAGAAAAAGAAGAAAAAGAGGAGAAAGUCAGAGCAAGAAGUAGAAGAGGAUCCGACUGAAUUCUCCCCUCGAGUGUCGGAAGAAGUUCCGCGAAAGGUGCCGGUCGACGAUGCUCCAACGCCUUUCGUUGAAUUAGGUAUUCACAAAGAGAACGAAGACCAAAAAAUACAGAGACAAACGCAAUUCACCUCCCUCGCCAACGCCACGAAAACCAACCAAGACGCGCUCUUACUCUGCGAGCGACUCAGGAGAGAAAUACAAACGCACAAGACGCACCGCCUUCGUUUAGAGCAAGAAAAACGCGAGCAAAUGAAAACCAUCAAGCGCUUGAAGAAGGAAGCGGAGGAAGUGUUCGCGCCGGCGAUUGAAGAUUUGAACGCCAAGUACGGGGUUGCGAUGAAAGAUAGAACGAUGUUGACGAUCGAGAGAAAUAAGCUGAUGAAAAGAGUUAAAGGAUUGGAGCAAGAGUUGGAAGAGUUGAAAGAUGCGCAGACGAAGAAGAAGAAGACGAAGAAAGAGGAGGAAGAGGAGAAAGCAAAGGCAAAGGCAAAGCCGACGAGUAAAGUGGCCACGCGGGUGAAAGCCAUAGAACACAAAGUAGCGAAAGAAGAAGAAGAAAGAGAGGAAGAAGAAGAAGAAGAAAAGGAACGAAAAGAAACAUCGUAUGCGGCACCUUCGUCCGCUCUUUUGCUGAAAAAGUUCAAAAAACGACAGAAGAAACACGCGGCGAAAACGCGCGUCGUCUCGCAAGAGGAGGUUGGAGAAAAUACGCGACGAGAGGCGUUUGACCACGCAGGGCGCGCGAGGCAAACGGACAUGUUUGAAGCAACGAAAGAAGAAGAGAAGAAGAAAGAGCGGAAGCAUAUGCAGACGUUAUUAUCGCAGUCCCGAACGGAACAACGCCGGGAAAAACCACGAGUGGUAAACGUUACGCAUACGAGACUCAUUCGUCUACCGAAAUCAGACAAAGACCAACGUUUCGCAUCUGCUCUACACCCAUCGAAAAAGUGCAUCGCGUACGGCGACGAGAGCGGUGGAUGGAGAAUGCUCGACACGAACACGGGAGAAGUUAUCGCAUCUUUUGAGAAUUAUGCCGUGUCUACGCAAGAGAUAUGUACGAGUCGAGUUACCUUUAUCAGCUUUGUAAACACGGGUAAAAUAUUGCUGUGCGGCGACGCUCGAGGCUGCGUAUCCUUGUUCGAUUUGACGCUCGCGAAACGGAUUUUUUUUUUCCCGCAUUCGCCUUUAGUAGCGUUACCAUCGGUAUCUUUAGCACCAUCUACGACAUGCGAUACCGCAGAAGAAUCGCUGCUGCAGCCGGCGCCGCCGAAGUUAGAUUCUGAGUCUACGUACUGCGUCUUUAUCAAGGGUACCGGCAACAACGGCGAGACAAACUCCACGACGACGCCUCUCGAAGCCGCGAAAACACCGGCGGUAAAAGGCAUAGCGCUUUCGCCGAAUGAAUCCUUCGUCGCGGUAACGUACAAACACUCCAACGUCUUCAAAAUAUUCGAUUGCUGUUAUUCGAUGCCGAAGGAAUCACUAGAAGAGAACUCCUUUCUCCUGUGCGAGAUUAAGACCGAAUGUUCGCCGGAUAUUUCGAGCGUAGAUUUUAUAAACGAUACCACCGUAAUCAUCCGCGACGAGACGUCCGCGGCGUACAGAGUAUCAUUUUAA